AUGUCGAGCGAGGACACAGCACAUGCAACGCCGCACGCUGACGCUCCUGAUGCUGAAGAACAUGAAAAAGCAAGCUCCUUCAGUGAUUUGGGUGUAAUUGAGCCUAUUUGUGAGGCAUGUGAAAAGCUGCAUUUCUCUGCACCGACAGACAUUCAAGCUCAGGCCAUACCACACGCGCUUCAGGGUCGAGAUGUCAUUGGACUCGCUCAAACAGGCAGCGGAAAGACGGCAGCUUUUAGUAUACCUAUUCUGCAGGGACUUUGGGAUGAUCCAAGGCCUUUGUUCGCAUGUAUUUUGGCACCCACUCGUGAGUUGUCUUAUCAAAUUUCCCAGCAAAUUGAGGCUCUUGGAGCUACGAUUGGUGUGAGAUGCGCGACGAUUGUGGGUGGUAUGGAUAUGAUGACACAAUCGAUUGCAUUAUCGAAACGUCCGCAUGUGAUUGUGGCAACACCUGGCCGAUUGCAAGAUCAUUUGGAAAAUACCAAAGGGUUCAGUCUACGAAGUCUCAGGUACCUUGUGAUGGACGAAGCGGACCGUUUGCUUGACCUAGACUUUGGGCCUAUCAUUGACAAACUGUUGCAGAACAUUCCGAAGGAGCGACGGACCAUGUUGUUCAGCGCGACUAUGACAACGAAAGUUGCAAAGCUGCAGCGGGCAAGCCUUCGAAAUCCGGUGCGCAUAGAAAUUGGCACCAAGUAUUCUACUGUGUCGACACUGCAGCAGUAUUACUUGUUUAUGCCCUUUGCUCACAAGGAUACUUACCUGGUUCAUCUCGCGAAUGAACAGGUAGGGCACUCGAUUAUUGUAUUUACUCGCACUGUUCACGAUGCACAACGGCUCGCUGUGCUGUUGCGCCUGUUGGGCUUUUCAGCAAUUCCACUGCACGGCCAGCUUUCGCAAACGGCACGUCUGGGUGCACUAAACAAGUUCAAGGCUGGCGGUCGUUCCAUUAUGGUGUGCACCGAUGUAGCAGCCCGUGGGUUGGACAUUCCAGCUGUUGAUUUGGUCGUGAACUUUGACAUUCCUACGCACUCCAAAGACUAUAUUCACCGUGUUGGCCGCACAGCGCGUGCGGGAAGACAAGGGCGCAGUGUGACGUUAGUGACGCAGUAUGACGUGGAGCUACUGCAGCGGAUCGAGGCGGCCAUCGGCAAAAGGUUGGAUGAGUUCCCCGGAGCGGGCGAUCGCGACAUGAUUAUGCUCCUUUCGGAGCGGGUAGGUGAGGCACAGCGAGCUGCGAUCCGCGAGCUGCAAGAGAAGGGAUUUGGGAAUGCCGGUGGUGCAGGACGACGAAAGCGGAAGCAAGCAGUGGGUUUGGAAGAUGAGCGCGACCGUGACGAUGAUACCGUCGAGGCUGGCGCUUACCGUAGUAGAGCUACCAAAGCUGGGGGUGAUGGUAAGCGAAGACGCUGA